UGUUGAUGUGGCCCAGUUGGGUUGAAAGACCUGCUUCUAUGCUGUUUGACUGUAUCAGUGGUUCCCAACGUUUUUUAUGCCAUGGAGCCUUAUCAUUAAUUGAGGGGUUCACGGACCCCAGGUUGGGAACCCCUGCUCUAUAUCUAGAACUAGAAUCUAAGAUUAACUGGUUGAGUGAACCAUAACUGUGAUAAUAUGUUUUUAAAAUCUCAUGAUUAAUAGUAUACCUGCAAGUGGAUUUUUGAUUAUAUGACCCUUGAUCAGCCUAGUUAAUAGACUUGCUUCAUCAAAUUUACAAUGUGCAGUUUGAACCCAUUUAAAUUAAUAAUUUUAUGUAAUAAUGUUCCACCACUGUUGCUCAACUCAUAUUUGCGUCACUGUUAAAUGGCAGCGACUUCAACCUACAGAUGGAAAUAUAACCCUGUCAUUCAAUUUCCACAGAAGACUAGAAUUGCUUGCACUCUGUUCAUAUCCCCUAGAUCAGUUAUUCUUUUACUGUUUUUUCCAAAUUUAUCAGAAUCUGGUUUAAUAUCCCUAACAUUUGUCAUGAAAUUUGUUGGGCAGCAGUACAUUGCAAUGCAUAAUGAAAACUAAAGUACAGUAAAAAGUGUGUGUGUGUCUAAUAGUGCAAAAAAAGGGAAAAAUAGAAAAAGUAGUGAGGUAGUGUUCAUGGAUUCAAUUUUUAAUUCAUUUUAAUUCAUUUUUCUAUUGUCUUUUAUUGUUUUAUUUCUUGGAAGAGUUUGUGUUUCUGAAAUGUCAUUCUUGGCCCUGCCUCCUAAACUAAUUGCCAUUCUCGUCACAGCUUGUACUCCAACCUCCACUUUUAAGCUUCAGUAAAGUAGAUGGCAAGUAGUAACAGCACUAGGGAGCAGAGUAUAAAUGCAACCAAAGCUCAAUCAGUAUUAUUUUCUUGUUCUCGAAAGCUCAGUGGAACGCCCAAUUUGGGGAUGACUUGUAUGGCUCUUCCUUGCAUGUAGACCAGACUGAAAUCCAAACUUCAAGCACUGAAAAAGACAGCCCUGUGGGGUUACCAUCUCUUAGUAGCUUAACGAUCGGCAAGAGUACAAUGAGAGACCUGCCAACUACGUGUCGGUCUCACGUCAAGGUGCAACAUUUGUUUGAAGAUGCUGGAAACAAGCGAAGCAAUGCAGCUCUGCACCACUCUGAGUCCCGUACUUGUCGACCAGUGCUACCAUCCCUUAAAGAUAAGUGCCUGGAUAGUUCAGCCAUGUCGAAAUCUGAUGCCGUUUUGCUAAAGUCAAAAAUUGCUAUGUCACCAACCCAAGCCAUGAAACUGCACAUGCAUAAGCUGACUUCCUUUGAACAUCAAGAAAUUUUCAACUAUCCUGAGAUUUACUUUAUGGGGUUAAAUGCAAAAAAACGGCAAGGUGUUAUAGGUGGUUCAAACAACUGUGGCUAUGAUGAUGAUCAUGCAGCUUACAUCCUUCUGCCUCAUGACCAUAUAGCAUAUCGAUAUGAAAUACUUAAAGUGAUUGGCAAGGGAAGCUUUGGGCAGGUGGCAAAAGUAUACGACCAUAAAACACGGCAGCACCUCGCUUUGAAGGUAGUCCGAAAUGAGAAGCGGUUCCAUAGGCAAGCGACAGAGGAGAUCCGAAUCUUAGAGCACUUGAGAAAGCAAGACAAGAACUUGCAGAUGAACAUUAUCCAUAUGUUGGAGAAUUUCACCUUCCGCAACCACACCUGCAUGACCUUUGAACUGCUAAGCAUGAACUUGUACGAGCUGAUUAAGCGAAACAAGUUUCAGGGAUUCAGUCUUCAGUUGGUACGAAAGUUUGCCCAUUCCAUCCUCCAGUGCCUGGAAGCCUUGCACAGGAAUCGGAUCAUUCAUUGUGAUUUGAAGCCAGAGAACAUUUUACUAAAACAAGCAGGCCGUAGUGGCAUCAAAGUGAUUGAUUUUGGGUCCAGCUGCUAUGAGCACCAGCGUGUCUUCACAUAUAUCCAGUCACGGUUUUAUAGAGCUCCUGAGGUCAUCCUGGGCACACGUUAUGGGAUGCCCAUUGACAUGUGGAGUUUUGGUUGCAUCCUUGCUGAACUACUGACUGGGUACCCUCUCUUUCCAGGAGAAGAUGAAGGCGAUCAGUUGGCUUGUAUCAUAGAACUACUGGGGCUCCCACCCCAGAGAAUGUUGGAUCAAUGCAAGCGAGCCAAGAACUUCUUCAACUCCAAGAAUCAACCUCGCUAUUGCACUACCACCACACUUCCAGAUAACACAGUGGUUCUGAAUGGUGGUCGUUCUAGAAGAGGUAAGGUGCGAGGUCCACCGGGUACCAAGUCCUGGGUGGUCGCCUUGAAGGGGUGUGAGGAUGCCCAGUUCAUCAGCUUCCUAAAGAAAUGCUUGGAGUGGGAGCCAACCUGUCGCCUAACUCCUUCCCAGGCUUUGAGGCUACCGUGGCUAACUAGGCGUUUGCCCAAAGCAUCCACUAUGGAAAAACCAACUCCAGUGAAAUGUACGCCAGAUAGUUCCUUGCCUGGAAUUAUUUCCAAAUUGCCCUCAACUAUUGGCCACUCUGGCAAACUAAGGACCAAUUUGGUGCAAGUUGCUGAUUCAAAUGGAAAUAGUAUACCUCUACGUACUGUGCUUCCAAAAUUAGUUAGCUAAUGCUCUGGUGUGCUGCCAAUUAAACCCAAGAACGUGUCAAUUGAAAAAGUUUCUUUAUACAGGUCUUUUUCCUGGCAAAAUAUUUAGCAGAUAUUCAUUAUGUAUUUCAUCCUGGAAAAAGUCUUUUCCAAGUUGCAUUAAAGUGCAUAAAAUUAUUCUUUAUCCAUUUGACCCUCAUGAGACUAUUGUAGUUUUUAAUAUUAAAAUAUGAAACCCCUACUACAUUGAGAGCAAUAUGAAAUAACUUUUUCCUGAAGCCUCACAGGUUUGUCAAUAAUAUAUAGUAGUGAAGUCAAGUCUUGUUCUUUAUCAGGCUCCGCUCAAAACUGCUACCAACUGUGCCCUAAAGAUUUUAGAAGUUAGGAUUUUAAAAGAACCAUUGCUCUUUCUGCAGUACAAUUCUGUUUGACAAUGCAAGAGUGAGAAAUCACAUCCACUCUCCUGUUCUUGUACCUCAUUAUGACCCGUCAAAGUGUGAGGCUUGAUGUGUUGCUGCCAACAUGUUCAUUCACUAGUAAUUGGACUUUUAACAGUCAGGUGCAGGCCACAUAGAUUUCCGGAGUACACCGUUGUAUGCAGUUCAGUGUAUCAGAAAGAUGAUCGUAUAACUUACACAAUUCACUUGACAAUUGGUACUAGAAUUCAUUUCAUUUUCACUCUUGACUGGUGAAAUCUUAGGGUAUCAGCCAUUGCCUUAAUAUAACAUAAGGCUUUAGCACACUGAGCAAAUCCAGUGGCUAUGUGAUGACAAACCUUUUAAAAUAAAUCAGGACUUCAACUUGCUUAGCUGAGAGUUUACUCCAGACUGAUAAACACAUUCAUCUGAUUUCUUAGGCAAGAAUAUUUCAAGUUUGCUUAUUUGUUGCAUGUCCAUGUCUCAUCCGGCUUAUCCCUUUUAUAUUUGUUGAAAAAUUUAUUUUGAAUUAAGUUUCGACAAUUGGGCAACUUUAGAUUGAGUUAGACCAGUCAAGUUCUAAUAUUUUUUUCUGUGAAGAAAAUUGUUUUUUACUGUGCCUCUACAAUGCAGAGGGGUUUAUUGUGUAAACUUUUUAAAUAUCUAGAUACGUUAUAAACCUAUGGAAAUUUGGUCCAUGAAGAUUAAUUGCAACUGCUAAGUAAGCAAGCCAGAACAACAAUAGUGUACAGUAGAAGCUCACAUUGUGCUAAUGGAUUUGGGCAGUAGCAUUGAAGCUUGGCUGGCAUUAAUUGCUCGCCUGACCUUGUAAAGUUAAUGAUAAAUGGCAAAUUAAAAUCUGUAUGGUUGCAAGAAAACAAUACAUUAACAUAACAAAGGUGCAGUUUCGACAAAGCGCAAACUUUUUGACCUUUGAUAAAUGUUACCCCAGAACUUGAGCCUUAUUUAAAAAGCUUUAAAACAUUUUUUGGGGAAGUAUAACCCAUCCUCUAACCAGCUCUUAGUGGUUGUAAAAUGUAGACUUCAUCAGGCCAGCAAAUGGCUGCCUACUGUGCAGAUAUUCUCUGAGAUGAGACCAUUCUUCUUUGGGUCCAAUCCAGAAAUCAAAUCCAAACUUGACAACUUUCAAAUUCCAGUUUAAAUUGUCCAACUGGUUUUCUCUCACUCCCUCAUUCUACCAUUAAAUGAAUUUUAGAUAUUGUUGCUAAACAGUUUAUAUACUUUUCACUGGAUUUUUUGAAGUCCUGUUCUUGAUCCACAUAGCCUUGCUUGAACACAGCAAAGGAAGAUUUGGAUAUUUUCCUCCUUUAUUAUUGUGUUCUUCUAUGGUUGAAAUAAUUCAUCAGUACUGAUGACUUGUAUGUUGAAGUGAAGAUCCAGACUGCUAAUUUUUAAUAAAUUGAGGAAAGACCUUGGAAAUGAUUCCUCCUCCUCUAUAAACUUAAGUCAAAUCCAACAGUUAACCAAUUUAAAUGGAUCUUUUGGAUUAGUUUUAGGAAAUGUGAUAUUUGUUCAUUGAAAUACUUUAUGUGUAAAUUUGAAAUUCCCAUCUUUGGUCAAGAGAGUAGACUGGCAAUGUACAAAGCGCUAUGCUGGAAGAGGUUAUUGUGAUGUGGACAGUUCUUGCUGCUGUUCCUAGGCCCUGAUUAAUAACACAUGCCCACCUCUGAUUUAACCGAACCGGAAGCCUUGGUGAAAGGGCGUUAAUCCUGCUGCCUCUUGGUGGUAAACUUGUAUAAUAUAAAACAAUUGUUGUACCUGCCAGACAAGAUAUAAAUUAUUCUGCAUUGUAAAAUUUAAUGGAACUUGUUACCUGAACGUCGUAAAUCUCGAACUGCCAAAAUUCUUAAUGAAACAGUGCAUAUUCUGAAGUAAAUGUGAACUCAUUUUAUUUUCUCCCUAAAGUGCUGCUCUAAAUGCAAAAUAAUCGCAUUGCUUACACCCUGCAAUCUGGUUCUUGUAGAGACACAAGAGAUUCUGCAAAUGCUGGAAAUCUAGAGCAACACACAGAAUGCAGGAGAAACUCAGCAGGUCAGGCAGCAUCCAUGGAGGGGAAUAAGCAGCUGCCAUUUUGGGCCAGGUCGUCCUGAUAUAGGGUCUUGGCCUGAAACAUCAACAGUUUAUUCCUCUCCAUAGAUGCUGCCUGACUUGCUGACUUUCUCCAGCAUCUUGUCUGUUGCUCUUGUUCUUGUGUUGUUCACAGCUCGGUUGUACAUCCUGAAAGAUCUGGCAUUUCUGCAAUCUCUAAUUGCAGCAGGUAAAGCAAUCACAUCAAUUACUUUACUGUUUGGAAUGUAUAGAGUUUCAACAAGUAACAUCGCACAGUUGUUAUGCCACAGAAAGACAUGAUUAAUCUAGAAAAUGUAUAGAAAAGACUCACAAAGGUGUUGCCUGGAUUGUAAGUCCUGAGUUACAAAGAUAGGCUGUGUCUGUUUUCCCUGAGCAAGGGAGACAUUGAUAGAGAUGUGAAAAGUUAUGAAAGGCAUAGAUAAAGUCAACAGCCAGAACCUGCCCAUGCUGGGAGUAGCUAAAAGCAGAGGGCACCAUUUUAAGAUGAGAGUGUGGUGGUUUAAAGGAGAUGAAGGGUAAAUUUUCGUCACAACGGGGAGUUGGAUCUGAAGUGAGCUGCCAGAGGUCGUGGUGGAGGUAGGAAUAGUGACAACGUAUAAAAGGCAGCUGGAGAGGUACUUGGAACUAUUGAGGUAUAGACUUACAGAGGUUCCUGACUUUUUUUAAAGCAGGGGGUCCGUGAGCCCCAGGUUGGGAAUCUCUGGUAUAGAGGAAUUUGGAGUUCAUGCAGGCAAGUGAAAUUAGUAGGCACGAUGUUUGAAAUGAAUAUGGGCCAAAGGGUCUGUACAGCUUUGAAUCUGUGAAGCCAUUUGGCCCAACGAAGAUGGAACAACAGAGAUCGUUACUGGGUCUGUAUUGCUCAUUGUGAAUGUUUUUUUAUUUGGAAGGGAAUGUAAAUAAGCUAGUUCAUAAGUCUGCAGGUGACAGCAAAGUUGACGACAUGGUAGACGGUGAAGAAGAUUCACAGCAGGUUGUAGAUAAUCAGAAAAGUGAGUGAGCAAAAGGCAGGUGGAAUUUAAUUUUGGCAAGGGUGCUAUGAUGCAUUUUAGGAAGUACAAGGGUCUUUAUCUGUGGCUUAAACUCUGAAUCUGAAUUAGAGCCUGGUGAUUUACGACCUAAGAAUUAUACGGGCCCCAUGCAUUACAGUAUUAUAAAUUAAUUUGAAGUUGAUAAUGUUGCGAAUCCUUAAGUAAUGCCUCAAAGCUUGAAGCACAUCUAUGUUAUAUGAAUGGUUUUUGAUUUGAGAGGUGGGUAGAAUAGAAGGCAUUACAACUGGUCCAUUUGUUUUUCUUAGACUGUGAAAAGUGAAGUUGUGUAUUUGGUGUAGGCUUUUAAUGUUUUUACCUUAUUGACGGUUAAUUCAUAAAGCAAUAUUGAAGAUGUCUUCUUCACAUGCUCAGCCCGUUGGUAGAGUGAGUUAGUAGAGUUCAGCAAUGAGUUCACCACCCAUUACAGUGAAGGUGAAAAUUGCCCCCUGAUGCUAGUUGAACAGCAAAACUGCAGUGUUUUGCCAAAAUCCCUAUUCAGAAGUUGAAAAUUUUCAGCCAGAUCAAUAAUCAUUCUUCUUCUGCUUUAAUAAGUGAUAUAAAUUAAUUGAAUUUCAGGAUGUAAAUCUUUCGACAAGAGCUCUGACCAGAAAGAUUACCAGCAACAAUAGUGAAAUUAUCAUUCAGAUCAAUGCUUCAAAAGGGCUUAAACUGGCAAGGAAGCAGCUGGAGUUUGUUCUGUUCCUGUAACAGCACUGGACAAUCCGGGGAAAUGCAAACCAAUUGGAAACUUCCAAAGCUUUUGUGCCUACAAUCAGUGUGCUGUUCUUUAACACUAAAAUAGCUAGGCUUCCUGUUCCUCUUGUUGUUUUUAUGGGCAGGUUGAUGGAUUCUGACAUUUCUAGAAUGUUCCCAGCUAUUGGGACCAGAAAAUACUGCCAUCCAUUUCUGGGAAAUAUGCCAGAAUCUACCAUGAACUGUUCUAGGAAGGUUAGUAAGAUAUGGAAACAGUUACAUAUCCGUGAUAUAAACACAAGAGAUUGUGUAGAUGCUAGAAAUCCAGAGCAACACGCACAAAAUGCUGGAGGAGCUCAACAGUUCAGGCAACAUCUUCAUCAGCACUUGGCCUGAAAUAUAGACAUUCCUUUCCAUAGAUACUGUCUGACCUGCUGAGUUCCUCCAGCGUUUUGUAUGUGUUAAUCUACAUAUCUCCAAUUCCUUAAUAUUGGAUUCCGAUUACACAGUGGUUUAAAAUUUAUUUUUGCCAGUCAGUCUGGUAUCUCCUUGCAUUCUGUGAACUUAAACUAAAAUCCUGCAUCAUGCAUUGGGAAGCAUGACAUACUGUAUAAAUGUAUUUCCUACUUUUAAAUGUCACUAUUUAACAUGAAAUCUAACUUCCCAGUUAGAUUUAAAUCAAAGAUUUAAUGUCUGUGACCUACAUUUUCUUCUAAAAAUAAAGGAAAAGAUUCAUUGACGAAACUCCUAGAUCAUUGAGAUUUUAAGGAUUUCUUAAAAUUUUCAUUAAAAGGAAUCAAAAUCUGUCAAUCAAGAUCUCGUGCCCCUCGGUCUUGAAGUGGGUAAAUGGAAAAAUAACUCUUCUAAGGAACAAUAUUAUCAUAAGACAUAAGAGCAGAAUUAGGCCAUUCAGCCCAUCGACUUUUCACCAUUCCAUCAAGGGUGAUUUAUUAUCCCUUUCAACUCCAUUCUCCUGCCUUCUCCUGUAACCUUUGACACCCUUACUAAUCCAGAAGCUAUCAACCUAGAUAGUAUUGCCAGAGUGUGAAAUAUAAAUUGCCUUACUUGAUUUUAAUAGCAAUACAUUUUUCUACCUUAUUGAAAAUUAAUAGAGUAUUAAAACAAAAUUUGACAUCAAGACUGAAGAGCUAUUAAUUUAGGGAGCAUUUUGAAGUGGAGAGCUGGUAAUUUAUUUAUUUAGAGAUACAGCACAGAACUCAUCCAACGAGCCGCUCCACUCGGCAAUCCACUUUAACCCUAGACUAAUCACAGAACAAAUUUUGCAAUAGCUAAUUAACCUACUAGAUGUCUUUGGAUCAUGGGAGGAAACGGGAACAUCAGGCGGAAACACAUGGAUGGUCAUGGGGAGACUAACAAAGUCUUUACAGAAUGGAACUCUGAACACCCCGAGUUGUAAUAGCAUUGCCCUAACCACGACACCUUAGAGAGGUAAUUCCAAAGUGUAACGUGUUGAAAGAGUUGAAUCCAGGGUCAGUUGCAGUGAAGUUGUGGGGCAAAAAUAAUAAAAAUGCCCCUUGGGGUUUACAUUUAAAUUAGAUUUCCAUAGAUAUUGAUCAUUUAAAUUUAAAGAUUAUCACAUUUUUGAGGGAUGGAAAAAAAUAAUUGGUCAACCUGAAUGUGUACAAUAAUUUUAAGAAUCGCCUCCACUUUCUGAAAUAAAUUUUAGAUUUUGAGACUACCAAUGUUAUCCUUUAGUUUAAAAAUGUUAUUUUAGCCUGGGAAUUAUUCCACUGUUGUCUUUAAAUUGAAAAGUUACGCAUUCCACUCCUGAGACUUAGCAUGCAAAUAUAGACGGAUACUCCCUCUGCUCACCUGAGUGAAAAGCUUCCUUGUGGAAGAUGCCAGCCUUCAGAUAAGCCAUUAACCCAAGGCCCCACUUCUGUCAGGCAGACAUUGUCCCAGGGCACAUUCUCCAGGGUGGUCAGCAUAUCAUAUCCUUGGUGCAAUCAGAAAAGCAUAAGUGCCUGGUGAUUAUUACAUCACUAUUAGAGGAGCUUGUGUCCAAAUUAGCUGUCCUGUAUUCACUAUUAAAAGAUUGGCUGUGAAACACUCUGGGACAUCCCAAAGAAAAAAAGGUGCUUAUUGGAGUGGAGUUUACUGUUACUCAGACAUGGGGAAAAAAUACUAAAACUGGUUUUCAUUGUGUGGCAGGAUUGUUUAAAGUAUUGAUAAAUCAAAUAAUGCCAAAUGUAGCUUGGAUUUUUAAAACACAAAAACAAAAUACUACAGUUGCUGGAUCCUGAAGUAACAUUAAAUGCUGAAAAUUUUCACCAGACCUGAACUGCUUCCAAGAGUUUGUUUUUUUAAAAGGAGUGCCUUCUAUAUUAAGCACAAAUACUAUUUUAUGAGAUUUGCCAUUGUGCUUUGAAUGUUAAGGCAUAUAAGUACAAAUGAUUUAUUCCUUCAUUAGCCAUUUUUGCUGAAUGUUGGACUUGAGAAAGCCUUCAAUCAAUGCUUUUUAAAUAUAUUGCCAAUUUCUUAUCAUUCAUUAUGCUAUCUGUGACCAAAUGCCCUGUGUGCAUAUACACAAGACUUAAAAGAGCUAAUUAAUGCUGGUCAUCAUCAUCACCAUCAUUAUGUGCCAUGUCAUAUGACAUGAGCAAUCAUGGUCUAUCCAUGACCAUGAUUGUUCUUAGCAAAUUUUUCUGCAGAAGUGGUUUGCCAUUGCUUUCUGGGCAGUGUCUUUACAAGAUAGGUGACCCCAGCUAUUCAGAGAUAGUCUGCCUGGCGUCAGUGGUCACAUAACCAGGACUUCUGAUGUGCACCAGCUGUUCCCAUGGCUUCAUGUGACCUGGUCGGUUGGGGGGAUGGUUGUGGGAGUAAGCAGGUGCUACACCUUGCCCAAGGGUGACCUGCAGGCUAGUGGAGGGAAGGAGCACCUUACACCUCCUUUGGUAGAGACGUAUCUCCACCCCCACCACCCACUAUUUAGUGCGAGUAGUGACUUACACAGCAAGACACUGUUAAGGUAUAUGUGGUGUACAGAACAUAAGGCCCCACUGAAAACUUAAAGGGAACCAGAGCAAAAUGACUUUGAUCUCCUAGGCUUAAAACUUAUCACUAUAUCUUGCACUGUGCCUUAGAGAAGUGACACAGUCACUGUGAUAUUUUGGAAUAUUUGAUCAGCCCUUGGAUGCCAUGAUAUAUCAGUGGCAAAUAACAAUGUACUGCUAUUGUAAAAUAAUUGCUUUUUGGGUUUUGUUGAUGGAAGUGGAUGAUAUUUUAAAGGAAAAAAAGUCUUAAAACUAGUUUGCAAAUUGAAUGUUAUUGGAUUCUUACAUUUGUUAUCUGAACUUCUUUGGCACUGUUGGACAGAACUAAAUUAACUGCAGGUUGGGGAAGGCUUUCACUAAGGGGAAUUGCUGUGACAUGUGCAGACUGUUACUUCAAACAUACUUGCUGAGAUCUGAUCCAGUUUUCUAUGUUGUACCUUGGCAAUGGAAAAAGUUGGUAUUAAAAAGUGUUUCUAGUACGUUUACAACAAAUCACUUGUCUUGUUUCAUUUUUAACUUCUGCAUAUUGAAAGUGGUUUGUUGACAAUAAAUAAUCAAGAGAUGCUUCUCAAACGUACUUUACCUGGUGGGUUCCAGACAGAUGUAGAACAGUACAGGGUUUUCGGCUU